AUGCCUGGCUCUCUCUCGCUUUUCUCCGUCAAUGCCGUCCUUCUCAUGUCGGCCGACGAUGGCUCUCGCAUCUUCACCAAGUACUACUCCCCUCCUCACCCCCCGGCCGCGAACCCCUACCCUACCGUGAAAGAGCAGAAGGCAUUCGAACAAGGCCUCCUCGAAAAGACCAACAAGCAGACCAGCGAUGUGAUCCUCUACGAUAACCGGAUAGUUGUCUUCAAGAUGGAGAGCGAUGUGAUGCUCUAUGUGGUGGGAAGCGCCGACGAGAACGAAGUGCUGUUGUACAACGUGGUUCUGUCGCUAAGAGAUGCUUUGGGAAUCCUAUUCAAGGGCGCAACCGACAAGCGCACGAUCGUCGAGAACUACGACCUGGUCGCCUUGGCCAUCGAUGAGAUUAUCGACGAUGGAAUCAUCCUGGAAACCGACCCUGUCUUGAUCGCCUCCCGCGUCAGUCGCGCUCCUGCUCCGGAUGCACCGAACUUGAAGAGCAUCGACCUGUCCGAACAAGGUCUGAUGAAUGCCUGGGAGCUUGGAAAGCGGCGUCUGGCGGAGGGGUUGCGGCAGAUGUAA